UGAAAACAGCUGUUGUUCACACGGUAGUAAGAACGUUUCCAACCUAAAUAGAAUACGAGAUUUGAAAUAGAAUUUUAUUGGAAUUAUUACAUUUGCCGGUAGUGUUAAAUCAAUGUGUUACAUAUAUAUAAUCUAAUAAUAAAAAUAUUUAAAAACACAGUGCCUUUUAUUAGCAACUUGUCUUCCUUCUUGAAUAAUUAGUCAAUGAAAGAAAAUUAUAUAGGGGAUAAAUAUUUAAAUAGAUUUUACAACAUGAAUUUAUCUUUUGCUGGUUGUGGUUUUCUUGGUAUUUACCAUGUUGGUGUAGCAGUAUGCUUUAAGAAAUAUGCACCGCAUUUGCUACUGGAUAAGAUUAGUGGAGCAUCGGCUGGUGCUAUCGCUGCCUGCUGUCUUCUUUGUGAUUUACCCCUCGGUGAAAUCACAAGCAAUGUGUUACGUGUAGCACGAGAAGCCAGAGAGCAUACACUAGGUGCUUUCAGUCCAUCAUUUAAUGUACAUGAUAUAUUAUUGGAGAGUUUACAAAAAUUUCUACCAGAAGAUGCACAUAUUCGUGUAAAUGGGAAGUUACAUAUUUCUUUGACCAGGGUAUACGAUGGAAAAAAUGUGAUAGUUUCACAUUAUAACUCAAGACAAGAUUUACUUCAGGCUCUAUUAGCCUCUUCAUUUAUUCCUUUUUUCUGUGGUAUAUUGCCACCACGGUUUCAUGGAAUUAGAUAUAUAGAUGGUGGUUUCAGUGAUAAUCUUCCUACACUCGAUGAAAAUACUAUUACGGUUAGUCCUUUCUGUGGAGAAAGUGAUAUUUGUCCUAGAGAUAUAUCAUCUCAAUUGUUUCAUGUAAACGUGGCAAAUACAAGUAUAGAACUUUCAAAACAAAAUAUAUAUAGAUUUGCUAGAAUACUUUUUCCACCAAAUCCAAAAAUUUUAUCUAAUAUGUGUAAACAGGGAUUUGAUGAUGCUUUAAGAUUUUUACAUCGUAACAAUUUAAUUAAUUGUACUAGGUGCCUUGCUGUACAAUCUACAUUCGUCGUAUCAGAGACAUUAGAUGAGAGUUUCGAAUAUGAUCCUGAAUGUUUAGAAUGUAAAAUGCAUAGACAGGAAGCAUUAGUAGCUAAUUUACCAGAGACUGUUUUGACUAUAUUUCAAGAUGCCAUAGAUUCAGCAAAUAAAGGUCUCAUUAAUUGGUUAUUUAAACAUAGAAGUAUAAAGUUACUCUCCUUGCUUAGUUUACCUUAUACAUUACCGGCAGAUGUAGUAUAUGCAACAUUUACGAACUUGGUUGGUAACAAAAUAGAAACUUAUAAUGUGGAAUACAAAGUAAUUGGAAAUGUGCUUCGCACACCUCAAUGUGCAUUAAAUUGUGCUAAACACUUAAAAUCUUCACGGUUUAUAUUAAAUGUUCCAAAAUUACGGAAUAAUCUUGUUGAAGCGAGUAGAUAUAUCUUGGAACAAUUAAGUUAUGUAUUUCCACAAAUCAAUGUUUAUUACCAACCUAUACCUCAGACAAUCAAGUGUCAAUUAGCUAUUACAGAAUAUGGGUCUAAUAUUUAUGAUAUCAAAUCAACAGAAAACAGUGAUGCAUUGUGUAAAAAUUCAAAAAGUUUAAAUUUGACACUCCAGUAUAAUGAAUUACAAUCAUGGAAAGAAUGUAAUAAUAAAACAAAUUGUGUUAUAAAUGUGUCAGAUAUUGGAACAGUGGAUGAUACUUUCGAAAAUAUAUUACAGGUAACUACAGAUCAAGAAGCCGUAAUAGCUUAUUAUUACAUGGACGAAAAUAAUAAAGUACAGGUAACAGAAAUAUUUGAUGUAACUGAUACAGAUUCACAUGGAAUAUUAUCUAUUGAUGAAGUAGAGACCAAUACAAAAUUACAAUUCGACGGUUGGGAUGAGCCUACUUGGUUAUCUCAACAUACAUUAAAUGAUGUUACAACAGAAUCUCUUUAUACUGAAGCAAAUCAACAAAGUUUAGAGAAUUUGUCCGAUAUAUCUUUAGACGAUGAUAUAUUAGAUAAUUCAAAUAUUUUUUCUGAUCCUGAAAGCGAAUGGGGAAUGGAAAAAAGUAAACAAGAACAACAACCAUGCAAUCCUCCUGAUAGUCGACCAGAAGUAGAUCAACCAUCAUUAAGUAUAUAAGAUAAAUAUUUUUUUUAUCAUAUUAAACUGAAUUUACAAUAUAAUAGUACGCGCAAUAUAUCAGGUGGAUAUUGGAUACUUCUGUAUACUUUUUUAUUAACGAUGUCUUAUAUAGCUUUAUUUGAUUUUCUUAGCCAUAACUGUUUUGUUACAUUAUAAUCUGCAGCAGUGCACACAUUUAUAGUAUUUUGUUAUUAAUAUCGUUUACUAACUGAGAUAUAUUAUUGUUAUGAACUUACCUAAGUAAGAGUAAGUGUUCCACAGAUCUCAUGAGUAGACUGAAAUAUUGGUGUUGAAUAUUUUAUUAUAUUAACAGUGAUGUAUUUGUAAUUUAUCUAACACUCUUAAGAUUUAAAUAUUUUGAAGUCAUGUUUAUAUAAAACAAUUUAGUGUUUUUUAUGACAAUUAUAUUACCGUGCUUGCCAUAUGUCAUUUUAAACAUUAUAGUUCUCUUUUCAAUAUUGAUAUAAACUAAUUGUUUUUAUUAUGUUCUUUUUCUUUCUUAUAUAUAUAUAUAUAUAUAUAUAUAUAUAUAUAUAUAUAUAGCAUAUUAAAAUAUAGUUAACACAUAGAAGUUAAUUAAAAAAUUUAAUAAAACACACAUGCCUAUUUAUAUGAUAUUACAAAGAAAUAUCUGUGAUUGCAUACAGCUGGGUCUGGGUGCUAUUAAACAGAAGUUUUAUAAUAAUUAUUGAUAAAUUAGAUCACUAAAUUUUGUUAUUAUAUAAAAUUAAGGAGAUCGAUGUACACAUUUGUAUAAUUGUAUCGUUUAAUAUUGCCUAAUAUUUCUAGAAAAUAUCUAAUUUUUAAAAUAAUUUUAAGAUAUAAUAACAAUUACUAAUUAUAUUAGGUAUUGAACAAAUCAAACGUAUAAAUAGAAACUCUCUUAUCCAAAAUUAUAUUCAAAAACAUAAAAUUAGGAAUACCGAAAACUUUCAAAAGCAUUGUUUAUUCACAUCAUAUAAUCAUAAAUAUCUAUCUAGUUCUUACAAAUUUUAGCAUUAUUUAUUCGGAAAAUUGAACAUUAGAUAUCUCUUUGCAAUAGGAAAAAGAUAUUUUGUAAUUAUAAGUACGAUAUAGGUAUAUGCCAGAAUUCUAACUAUAAAAUAACAUUUACAAUAAUGCACAAAGAGUAUUGUAUUCAUGAUAAGUAAAGACGAAGAAUAUUAUUUUUUAUUUAAAUUUAUAAAUAAAUUGUUUCUCAGUAUUUAUGUAUAAGAAAUGUUAUAUAUCAGUCUCAUCACAAGAUGUGAUUGUACAUUCAAGUUGUACAAUCUAACUUUUACGCAUGAAUACUUGUGAAUUUAGAAUACAAUUACUAUAUAUAUAAUAUAUGUAUAUACAUAUAUAUAUAUAUACACAUACACACACAUAGGCGUGCGCGCGCGCAUGUAUAUAUAAUGAUUUAUAUAUAAAAGAUUUUCGUUUUGAGAGUAUGUACAAAGAGUAUUAGAUGUAAUAAUAGAAUAAUACAUUUAAUUGUAGAAUUAAACCAAAAUUUUUAAUAUAAACAUCAAUACAAUAAUCUUCAUUACAUGAAAUCUACACAAUAUAGUUAAAUAAACUUAAAUUGUAUUUUUUUAAUGUAAACUCUCAAUUUAAGAAAAUCUUGAAGACAUAGUAUAGGAAUGGUAGUAUGCAAUUGUGGAAGUAUCAUGUUUUACUUUUUACAUUGUUUGCUCUACUUUUGUAUACAUUUUCAUAUACUAUGCAUAUUUAGAAAUUAUAUUAUUAUAGAACACAUGUGAUAGAUAAUGUGUAUGUGUGUGUGUGUGUGCAUGUAUGUAUGUAUUUAUGUAUGUAUGUAUGUAUGUAUGUAUGUAUGUAUACAUAUACAUAUAGUAUAGAAUAUUUUUUUAAUAUAUAAUUAACUAUAUAAACCACGUGCAAUUUUUAUUGCCAUGCAUUGAGAAUAUGCAGGUACUAUAAAAAUAUAUAUAUUUAAGGUGUUUGCUGGAACAUUUUAUUAUUCAGUUGUACAAAUUUGUACGCUUUUUAUUCAUUUAUAACGUUACUUAUUUUAUAGGAAGCAUUCUGUAUUAACCAUUUUUUUUUUAUUCUUACUACAUAGAGAUUUAUACUAAAUGGAGUACUUCUUCUUCGGUUGGUUAUGGCUUAUAUUAGAAAUAUGAAGAAUAACUAUUUAUCGUAAAUGAUACUAUAUUAAUAUAUAUUUACAAUUGUGCAUUAAUUAAUCCAAUGGGGAAAUUCUGCCUAACGAGUGCUGUGACUUCAAUACCUUUUCUUGAUUGUUUUAUUAUGUAACAUAUCUUUAAUAUAUAAUAUGUACAUUGUGUCACAUAA